AUGGCCUCCUUUUUCAACUUUGGCGCCGCACCUGUAGAGGUGGAUAUCAGAUUAGCAGGCGAGGAUGACCGGAAACAGGUCGAGGUCAAGGGGGAGAAGGACCAGAAGGUCAUGUGUCCGGUAUUCUACGAUGGGGAGAGUGUCGUCGGGCAGGUCAAUAUACGUGUGAAGGACGGAAAGAAAUUCCAGCACGACGGGAUAAGAAUAGAGCUUAUCGGCUCAAUAGAGCUCUUCUACGACCGCGGGAACCACUACGAAUUCGUAUCCCUCUCACAAGAACUAGCUGCGGCCGCCGAGAUGCGCCAAGCCCAGACCUUUGAUUUCACGUUCAAAAACGUCGAAAAGCAGUACGAGUCGUAUGCGGGCAUCAAUGUCAAGCUGCGGUACUACUUGCGGGUGACGCUGGCGAGGCGGAUGGGAGAGGUGAUCAAGGAGCGGGAGUUGUGGGUGCACAGCUACAGGAUGCCGCCAGAUAGCAAUACGAGCAUCAAGAUGGAGGUGGGGAUCGAGGACUGUCUGCAUAUCGAAUUCGAGUACAAUAAAGCCAAAUACCACCUCAAAGACGUCAUAGUCGGCAAGAUCUACUUCCUCCUCGUCCGGAUCAAAAUCAAACACAUGGAGCUCUCCAUUAUCCGUCGAGAAACCACAGGGGCUGCUCCAAACCAAUACAACGAGUCGGAAACCAUCACCAAAUUCGAAAUCAUGGACGGCGCGCCCGUUCGCGGAGAGACUAUACCUAUCCGGCUCUUCCUGGGCGGCUUCGAGUUGACACCGACGUUCCGCGAUGUGAACAAGAAGUUCUCGACGCGGUAUUAUCUGAACCUGGUGUUGAUUGAUGAGGAGAAUAGGCGGUAUUUCAAGCAGCAGGAGAUUACGGUGUUUAGGAUCCCGUGGGUGGUUUUCUUCACCAACGCGGGAUGA